AUUUUAAUAUCAAUAUUGUUAUUUUAAAACAUGAGGAAGCUUUGGGUACUACAUUGCCCCUAAUGCCCUCGGGCACUUGYCUAAUGAUGACGUCACAUGUUUUCUUCCUCACGCGGGUGGACCAGUUGGAGGUGGAGCGGCCAAUAUGGCAGAUGAGGAGGAYUCGGGGCACGAGCCGGCUGCUGUCUCCACGCCGGAGGCCCCCCACCCUGAGCGGCCUCACUUCGUUUCCUUCAGCGAGAGCGUUCAGCCGGCCGUCGGGAUGGUGAGCCAGCUGCUGAGCCAGCCGUCGUCCCUGAAGUUCGACAAAAACAUCAAGCAGGCCUUCUACAACACGGGGGCGAUGAUCUUCGUGGCCAUCUGCUGCGGGGCGGCGGUCCUGGUCUACUUCAUCCUGGAGGCCUUCCUCCGGCCGCUCCUCUGGGCCGUGCUCUGCGGGACCUUCCUACACCCGUUCAAGUACUCCCUGGCCCGGCUCGGCCGCUCGUGGCUCAGCGGCCUGCAGGACACCGGCACGCCCAUCGUCGUGGGGACGCUGCUGGUCCCGGUGUGGUGCGUCAACUACGGGGUGGAGGCCAUGGGCAGGCUGGUGCUGGAGAGGCUCACGGUGCUCCUGGUGAUCGGAGCCGGGGCGCCGCUCGGUUACUUCCUSUACCUGUUCUGGAGCGUCAUCGGUGUCCAGGUGGUCCUCGGGCACGUCUGCUGGGUCAUCGGACUGGUGCUGGACUGUUUCCACGUCGUGUGGGUGUCCAGCGUGGUGGUGGGCUACUUGCUGGCGGUUUGUCUGAAGUGGAGUCCUCGCACCGAGCGCUACCUGAGGGCUUUAGCUCUUCCUGUCUGGGCGGCGCUGCUCUUCUAUCUCGUGUCUCUGACCGGCUCGUGGAGAGUGCCCAUAUUCAUGGUUGUGGUGAUACUCCUCAUUGUGGGCUCCCAGGAGAAACCACCCGUCCCUGGCACAGGAGAGCUGUCAGGACAGAUGCUGUCGUUUGCUGCAAACACAAUUUACAUGGCCAUUUCCUGUAGCAACCUGCAGCCAAAACCUGAGCCUGGUGAGAAAACCACCGCCGAAGGUUUAAAGUCAGUCGGUCCCCGGCCCUCCACCCCUGGAUUCCCUCGCUCCUUACAGGCCGGGCUCCUGCAGAGAGAGAAGAGCAGUCGUAAAGCCAGCGACAUCUACUUCAUCAUGCUGGUCUGGGCCAUCGUGCUCGUUCAGGUGUGGCUCAACCUCUGGAUCCUGCAGCUGCUGCCCAUCCCCGUGGCCGUGUGGGUGCUGAAGAAGCUGGUGGUCCACUUCGGCUUGAAGAGCUUCGCGCAGCGGACCCUCAGCUCCUGGUGGACGGUGCUGGAGAAGUUUGGACGCGAGCGUGAAGAGGCCCUGUUGCCUGGACCAAUCAAAGGGCUGGCUCAGUUCGUGCUGCGUAUCGACACUAAGAUGAUCGUGUGGUUGGAGCGAUCGCUGGAUAAAAUCAUCAGCAUCUUCAUCAUCUUCCUCCUGGUGACGGGGACUCUACUUAUGGCUCUUCUGCUCACUGCUAUGGUUCAUCAUGAAAGCGCUCACAUCGUCGAGGUCACCAGUAACCUCAUCAACGAGACUCUGUCYAACCAUCCAGAAUGGGCCAAUUGGCUUCCAGAAGCUCGUGUUGUGCAGAAAGCUCUGAAUUCAGCUGCUACUAAUGUUUAUCAGCACGGGAGAGAGUGGAUAACGCAGAAGCUUCAUAAGAUGUUAGGAGAUAAAGUGAACAACACGGCAGUGAUCGAGAAGCAGGUCCUGGAGCUUUGGGACCGACUGUACCACUCCUGGUUUGUGAAGAACAUGACUUACUCCGGGCGCCAACGUGGACACAAGAUGAUGGUCCAGAGACAGAACAGCUGGUUAGGGGACAUCUUGGACUGGAAGGACAUCGCCUCCUUCCUGCAGGAGAACAUUGAGACUCUGCUGUCGAUUUUGGAGUCUCUGUGGGUAGUGAUGAGCAGGAACGUUGGCCUCCUGAUCUCCACCACCACCACUCUCCUCACAGUCCUGUUCCACAGCGGCACAGCCCUGCUCAACUUUGCACUGAGUCUGGUGAUUUUUCUCACCACUUUGUUCUACCUGCUGAGCUCCAGCGGUGAAUACUACAAACCCGUGAAGUGGGUCAUCAGCCUGACGCCUCUGUCUCAGCCCGGACCCUCGUCUAACAUCAUCGGCCAGUCCGUAGAAGAGGCCAUCAGAGGAGUGUUCGACGCCUCUCUGAAAAUGGCCGGCUUCUACGGCCUCUACACCUGGCUCACUCACACCAUCUUUGGGAUCAACAUCGUCUUCAUUCCUUCUGCUCUGGCCGCCAUCCUGGGGGCGGUGCCGUUCCUGGGGACCUACUGGGCGGCGGUGCCGGCCGUGUGCGACCUGUGGCUGACGCAGGGGGAGGGGGUCAAGGCUCUGCUGCUGCUCAUCUGCCACCUGCUGCCGACGUAUUUCGUGGACACGGCCAUCUACUCGGAUAUCUCAGGGGGAGGACACCCGUAYCUGACGGGUCUGGCGGUAGCAGGCGGAGCGUACUAUCUGGGUCUGGAGGGGGCGAUUAUUGGACCCAUCCUGCUCUGCAUCCUGGUGGUGGCAGCUAACAUCUACAGCGCCAUGCUGAUGAGCCCCAGCUCAGCGCUGCCCACACCUGUGCAGCCAAACUGGCCGGUCCACCCCAUGAGGGCUUUCGCAGACUCCACCCCCUCAGUCCUGAAGAAGUCCCCCGAAUCAAAGUGAGGGGGUGUGUCUCUGUGGAACACCAGCUGGCUUCCUAUUGGCUGAUUCUUUGGGGGAACUCCCGCCCCUCCCUCGGAGCUCCUGGCAGGCUCGCCGAGGUCGACCCGGACCAAGAAGUGAUGGCGAGGUGACUCCCGAUGCAGCCUGCUAACCGGAGCGAGCGGUUCAGAACCAGCUCACACAGACCUGCAGAAAAUCCUGAUCCCAAACCUGGACCAAAACCCAAAUUGGGUUUUUAACAGGGAUACAACAAAUGUUCAGCAGAUGACCAAAAAGGCCAAUUUACAGGUGGAUUGGUUUAAUUUUAGCUUUUUCCCCCCCAACCCAUGAAUGCAUCAAAGCUAAACAGCUACUUAGCGCUAGCAAUAGCAUGUUUUUGAAAAGGAACAUUWUACCAAGCGAUAAAAACUCAAAUUUAAAUAUUUAUGAUCCCUAACUCUUUGAAAAGUGAGAGCUUAUCAAUAAAGCUGAAGAAAGCACUUUUUGCAAACAAGUGAAACAAAUGAAAAGGUUGAAUAAUUUAAACAUUUGCUGUGAACACAGUAACAAUCUAACAACAGAUCAGAUGUAUUGUUUUCACAAAUAUAAUGUUGGAUGUUAUCUGGUGCACUUUUAUGUCCUGAGAGCCGUAUAUAUUAAACAUAAAACAUAAAACGGUGCAUUAGGAAGAGGAAGGAUUUUUUUAUUUCAAAACUAGGCAUCGAUUGACCAAGUGUAACUUACAAAUAAAUAAAUUCUUUCAAGACUAAACCAGAGAAAGUGAACUCCUAUGUGUUUGUUGUUUUCACUACAAAACAACAUGCAGUAUUUUACUUAAACCAGUUUAACAUAAGGUUCUCAUAGAACUUCUUUUGUUCCUUCACAAUAAGAGCCUGAAACACAGACGCUCCGUCACAAUAAGAGCUGAAACACAGAGGCUAAGUCUCGACUUCUAAAUACACUUUGAAUUUUUGGUCUGGUCAAUGUUUUACUGAAGAACAUUCUUCAGUUUUCUGAGGUUAUCGGUGUAUGUAUUUGAGACUUUUAUUGUGAAGGUAAGAAAAGUUGUGCUGCAGUGAGUGAUAAACUGCACCUCAGACUGCUUCAGAUAUUUUUUUUUGACCUAACUUGGUAAAAGUGCACCCGUAACUCUUUAGAUACAAAUUAAUAACAUAAAUACAGUAAGUGGAUAAAAGAAAUUUAAAAAGUAUUUGUACUUCUACCUCUAACUGGAGUUCAGCUUCUCUGAAGAGGAAMUGAACUCUUCUUUUUCUACAGAGCUCCUGGCUCCAGACGUAUGUUUAAGGGUUUAUUUCUUUUUAAUUAAACUCGUAUUUCUGUUGUGGUAGUUGUAAGUUAUUGAAGCUAGAUGUAUAAUAACCAGACUUCACCUCUGUUUAAUGAUUAAUCCUUACAGUUGAGCCAAAGUGACUGUUGAGAGUUUGACUACUGUAGUGACUACAUGUCCUGUGUUCAAAAUAAACCCGGCUUUAUAUUUAUUUAUUUAAAACUUUAGCACAGACAAGCUUUCUGCUAACAUUUCUGUGCUGAAGCACUUGGAUAUGUUCAGGUUUGACAUGUGAGCACUUUUAGGUUUUUGGCACAAAUGUGACUGCAUCRGUUCAGUUCAGAGACGUUAUGGUUUCUGCUCAUUUCUGCUUUUUGAAAAAAUWAAUUAAAGCCACAUUUAUUGAGAGUUCAAGCACUUUAAAAAAAGUUUAAAGUACUUUACAUCGCUUUAAGCUUUACUGAGCGGAACAGUACGGAUGUGUUGUGUUUGUACAGUUAUCCAUACAGCUACCAUGUGAGCUAAAGGAGAGGAGGAGCUGGUUGCAGAGUUGAACUAAUAUACUGAAUUUUUUUUUCUUUUUGAUCAUAACUGUUUUUAUACUGGAUAUUGACUGAAUAAAUAUAUUUUAAAUCAU